AUGCAGGGGGCUGUGGUCUCAAGGGCGGCGCUCGCCGAGAUGACCCACACCCAGGAGUCGGCUUCUCCGCUGCCGUUCGGCCCGCCCGCUCUUUCUCAAGGGGCUUGGCGGCAGGCGGCGGUCAGCUCUGACACUGCCGUGCCGGAGACUUCGCAGAUUGCCGUUCGCAAUCGCAAUCGGGCGGAGAUGGAAUCCCGGGCGCUCGCCCCCGAAGAUCGACCACCUGCUCAGCCGGUGGACUACGAUCAGAACGAUGAGGAGGGCACCCGUGGGCACAUGAUCGAUGCUGCCAGGGACGAUGCUCGGCAAGAUCGUUCCUUUGCCCGCUCGACGGCAAAGCUCACACCGGCGCAGUUCGCCGAGCUGGCUGACUCGUACCACAACCCUGUUGGUCACGCUACCUCUUCGGCGGCAGCUCAGUCUUCCACGGUCGUGGUCGAAGAGGCCGAGCCGGAGAACUUGCUGGCUCCAGCAGGAGAGCCGACCUCGUUCAGGAUGUUGCGGGAAGCAGCGCCAGCCGAUCGCUGGACAGCGAAGAUCCUUGCUUACCCAUGUUUCGACCAUGGGUUUCGCCAGGCGAUCGUGGCGACCCGGCUGGCGGAGAUCCCUUUUGUUCUUUCAAUGGACGCCGGGACGCCUGAGCAGUUCGCCGCGGUGUCUCUCGACUGGACGGCCAGCUCGGCCAAGACGGAGCACGACCUCCUGGCUCCGAGGACCCAAAUGCUCGAACAGUACUGGGUCUUCGUGAAGGCGGCGGAAUCGCUCUUUGUCGAGUCUCUCGGCUACCAGAUGGGCUUUGCUCGCUGCUCUAAGGUGCCUAGAGAACGUUCUGCAAAGUCGAUCGCACACUUUCAGCGGGAGAUGGCCAUCCGAGCUCUAGCUGCACCAGUUCUGGCUCCUUCGGCUAAAUCGAGGCUGCCGGCAAGCUCUUCUUCUCCCUCGGCAACUCCAUUGCUCGACUUGGAGAACGCCGAGAAACAGAAAUGGGCUAAGCGCUUGAAGGCGAUCGCCGAUCGGGCCGGCGAACAUGCUCGGCCCGAAGGGGUCCACGAUGCUGAGGGGAUCCUUUCGGAAGAGGAACGCGCUCGCCUUCGGCUGUUGGUUUUCACCUCGGGGGCGCCUUCUACCAUGGCAAACCACAUUCGUAGGUUCGAGAAGUUCGAAUUGUGGGCUCGGCACGUGCCGCUCCCCCUCUACCCCAUCUCGGACGACAAGAUCCUGAAGUACGCCAUGGAGCUCGACUCGAGGGAGUGCGGCCCGACUGUUCUUCCUUCGCUCCGCAUGGCUCUGAAAUGGGUGGCCUUUCGGAUCAACCUCAAGCUUCCUUCGAUCGAGACAGCGGAGCUAAAGGCGCUUGAGAAGGAGAUCUUCACACAGCGAGGGCGACCGCUGAUUGAAGCGAUCGCUUUCCCGCUUGAGCUGGUCCAGGCGAUGGAGCGCUUUUUGUCGCCAACGAAGCUCACCCUGGGUCCUCUGCAUGUCAAGCCGGACGGUCUGUUCGGGAUCUCCUGGCAGACCAAGACCGAGAGGAAGCGGCGCGGCACCAAGUUCAUGGUUCCAGACGUUGCAUUUUCUAAAGUGGCUUGGUUCAAGAUCGGGAAUGACUUGUUCGAGUCGCAAUUCCCGCUCGUGGAACGCGACUUCUGGAUCCCCGAGCUCGACACGAAGGAGCGUUGGCGCCAUACUCCCCCUGAUUACGCUCGCUCUCUUCAGUGGCUCCACCACCUGGUCUGGCUCGCGGGGCAGGAGAGUGGGGUCGCGAGGGAGUUCCUGGACAAAGUCACCGAUCUUACGUGGCAUUCAGCUCGAGAGUUGGUACAGGAGGUCUCGCGCGAGUUCGUGCCCCUCUGUGCUCAAGAGGAUGACACGAUCGAGGACGCAGAGGAGUGGCGCUACAAGCUCAACAACGACAAGCGCAAGGACUUCCCGACGUUCUCUGAGGCCCUCUGCGACGUUCUCAAGAACUACAAGCAGCUCUGGAACGACGCUCGCUCCACAGCUGAACUUGAAAAGUUCCGCCAGGUCGAGCACGAGUUCGCUACUCCUCCGAAGCGGCCUCGCUCGAGGUCCCCUCCGCCGACACCUCCGAAGAACGAGGCCAAGACUCGCAAGAAUCGCGCUCGUCGGCAGAAGGAAAAGGAGUUGCUCAAGCAAGCUCGUGCAGAGCGCGAUCGCGCUCGUGACCACGCCAAGCCGAACAAGCCUUCAGUGCCUAAGCUCACAGAGAAGGACAAGGUCGAUCGUCGGCCGCCGCCGUGGGUUCUUUGGGCGGAGGUGCCCCGGGAUCCCGACACAAUUCGUGAGCUCGGUCCCUGGUGCCUCGAGAUCUUUGCCGGGUCUGCUGGCCUCACCGCUGCCUGGAAACGUCACGGUCUUAAGACUUUGCCGCCGAUCGACAAGUGCACCUCCGAGCUCCUUCUGGAGUCGAUCGACUUGCUGGACGCACAGGUCUUUGAUUGGCUGCUCUUGCUGUGCCGCAUGGGGGCGAUCGUCUUUCUGCACUUGGGCAUUCCCUGCGCCACGUUCAGCGUGGCUAGGGAUCGGCCUGGAGGACCUCCCCCCCUGCGAUCGCAGGCGCUGCCCCUUGGCCUCUACGUUCUCAAGAAGCACCACCAGGCACAGCUCUUCGAGGCCAAUGAGCUCUUGUUUCGAUCUCUUCUUCUUUUCGACGCUGUGGUUCAAGCUGGUGGGGAUGCCUCGAUCGAGAACCCGAAGGACAGUCUGAUCUGGCAGGUCCCUCAGGUUCAGCAGCUCAAAGCUCGUCUUCACCUCUACAACGUCGAUCUUGAUCAGUGCGAGUACGGUGGACAUGUUCAUGAGCCUCUUCGUGGCGUGACAAGGUCGGAGACUGGCAAGAAGAUCUUCAAGACUAAGGCAGCUCAGGUCUACCCCCCGGCGCUUUGCACCGCGUGGGCGAUCGCCGUGGCCGCAAUCGUGCAGAAGUCGGCCCAGCAGUUCGCCGCUUCCUUUGCUCUCACGGCUCCGUCGGCAGAACGCAAGCGAUCUUUGGGAUCCCAGAUUGCUUGGAAAGGCCAUCGCCAAUCCGCUGCCGCUCGGCUGGCGGCGGCUAGCGGCUAUCAGCUCAAACGUGGUGCCGCCAAGCCGCUGCUCGACGUUGAGUGUGAGCCCGGUCAAGCAAUCCAGUGGUCUCUUCAGGUUCGGCACCCAUUCACCGUGCAGCCGGCGCUCGUGGCUCGCCGUUCUGAGCGCCUUCAGUUCUGGCAGCAGCGUGCGCUCACGCUGCUUCCAGAGACCGAUCGGAUUUUGCGGUUGAUCGCCGACGCUCCUCUUCGUCGGCUUCUUCGCGGUGCUCCGGAUUAUGCUGAUCUGCAGCUGGGCUCUUGCACUCACGUGGCGCUCUACGACGAGCUCUUCGCGGCGAUUGGCUGCACGGAUCAUCAAAUUCUCCAAGGUAUUCGCAGUGGCUUCCCGAUCGUUGGCCAAAUCCAGCGAUCGGGGCGCUGGCCGCCGUUCACAAAGCCACAGCGGUCAGUGCCUGUGCAGGAAGCUCUGGAUCGGGAGGACAGUGACGAGAGCACCCACACCGGCCAAGCUCAGUCAACUAGUUUGUCGGCCCUCACAGUUUCCCCUUUCAUCUUCGCGUGGGAUUCGCCACCAUCCGUCACACCAGAGGCCGUCUCUGAGAGCUGCCACCUUGUUUUCCAGAUUCCUAUAAAGUUCUGCUCUGCCUGCGCCGAUGCGGUCACGGGCACCAUCUACACGCGCUUUCGGAAGGUAGCGGAGAGCAAUGGGAUCUCGGAAGAUGGAGCCACCUACAUGACGUGGAGAUUCAGCUACCUGAUCUGCCACGUUCUCUUCGCGGUAGUGUGGGGUGCUGCCAGCUACACGGAAUGGAUCCCGAACAGGCGCUAUGAUGACAUCAUUGCACAACUGCCGCGUGAGAUUCAACCCAAACGUUUCGAGACUUUUGUCGUAAUGCUGUCUUGGUGGGAUCCGUUUCUCAAGUACGUUUGGUGCACAUCCUUCUUUCUGGUUCUGGUUGGCCUGGCCACUGCGGCUCCACCAUUCGCCGUCCAAUAUGCAAGACUUUCACGAUGGCUGGUGUGGUCAUCUUGGCUCUUGAACUUUGUGCUGCCUUUCACGGUCCUGUUGGUCUAUCCGCUUCGCGAAGCCAUCGACUGGAACGGCGUACGAGAGGAUCUAUGUGUUGUCGUGGUGACCCGUGCACUGACAUCUCCGGGAAUCGACAUGAGUUCAGCGCUGGGCAGCUUGCAGCCGGGUGCCAGUGGACUUUCCGGGCUGCAGUCCCUACAAGCUGCUGUGCAAGAGCAGCUUUCCCAGGAUGUGAGAAUGAACGACGUUCCUGUGCGGACGUGGUGUCAAGAGCAGGGCACGGACUGGCAGUCGAUCUUUUGCGAGAGAGUCAUGCACUGCGUCUUUGGGGCCGACCAGCGCUGCAGAGAAGAAGUUUGCCUUGGAGCUCCUGUUGCAGACCAGACGACCUGUCAAACACGUUGCUUGGAAUAUGCCAAGAGCUCCCCAAGGGCAGUGGCUGUAUCCUUUACUCAGUCUAUGGAAACCGAGUGCGAAGAGUUUCAGGAUUCCCAGCAAAGCGCCUCAGACUUCAAUGCCACAAGCCUGCUGGACUCAAUGGGCUCGGGCAUUCCAAGCGAGUGUACUGAUUUGGUGCUACAGCAGCUUCAAAUCUUUAAUACGAUGGCGGACCAGCAAUCGUCCAGAUCCCAAGAUCAAUGCGAUUUUGCUACUCUCGCCGUGAACAACGUGGACUUUAUCGCUGGCAUCUUCGUUGGGAUCGAGGCCGGAGCCUUGCUGAUCCCCUCAGCACUCAGUGUGCUCGGCGGACUCGCCGAGUCGCUAUACAACUUGAAGGCCCUCUUCCCCGGGCACCAGGAGGUCCCUUGGGUGCUGAUUCUGACGGCAUUCGAGUCGGUCCCUAUCUACACCGCCUUCUUGGCUGUGAUCCAGCAACUUAUGGGGAACAUCCUCCUGGCAGUGAGCUGCCUCAGCUUCAUCUUCUGGAUAUUGCUGCCUGCUUUGACGGGGGCCUUAAGCCUGAAGAUCAAGCCCGGGACAGAAGGUCGCUGGAAGUUCUAUCGAAGAGUCUGGAUUGAGUAUGGCCUGCGCGGCCCUUGCCUUAUCGCCAUUGGCAUGUCCAUGGCCGCGUUCAUGAGGGACACCCUUGGCAACGAGUUUCUGCAGGGCCGGAACCCCUUGAGUAUGCUGCUUUUUUCAACGUUGAACUAUUUUGCUCGCAAAACGUUGACGGCCGUAGCUGGCACAGAUGUGAUGAUUUCAACUUUUUUGCAGAGUCGGUACUGGCGAUCUCGUUUCACGGCGGAGGAGCGGGCAGUCAACGAGGAUCGCAUGGAGGCACUCUCGCCCCUCAUCCUUUCGAUGCACACAAAGCAGACUGUGGAGGUGGAUGCAAGCGAGAUCAAGAUCACAACCCCUCCGGAAGACGCACCGCCGGCCGUUGCAAAGCCCCAAGGCGAGGCACAGGAGCAGACAUGCUACUUCAAGUUCCCGACACAUCACAGCCACAGCCACGGCUCAGAGUUCCCAGACUGGGUCAUACUGAGUCGUACUGGAGCUUGGAGCCUUCCGUGA